AUGUUGACGUUACUACGGUUAGCACGAUGUUCGUUCAGAAGUGGGUUCGUAACGUCAUUAUCACGGUCCGUUAGUGGUCAGCCGAAGAAAUGCGUGAAUAUCACAUUCGCUUGGAAGAACGGUUGUAAUAAGACCGUAAACGCGAAAAUAGGCGACAACUUAUUGGACGUUGUGCUAGAUAAUGAUGUUGAUAUUGACGGGUUUGGCGCUUGUGAAGGUACACUAGCAUGCUCAACCUGUCACCUCAUCUUUGCCAAGAAAGAUUUCGAUAAUUUGCGUGAUCCCUUGACGGAAGAAGAACAGGAUAUGCUAGAUUUAGCCUAUGGCUUGACUGACACAUCACGAUUAGGUUGUCAGGUCAAAAGUCAAUAUACGAUGCACGUGCGUAGGAUAUUAUUGAUAUUCGUUCUUCAACGUCAAAUUCUAUCGGACUGCUCUUUAGAAUUUAGUCUUCGAAGCACUUUUAGGAAUACAGAUAUAAAGUUACACAAGUCUCCCAAAUCAAUCCUUACAAAAUCUCUUAAAUCAGAAAAUCCAGAAGAUUUUAAACAAAAACGAAAAAAUAAAAAUCUUUCCAAAUUAAAAAAAUAUAAAAAGCGUCAAUUGAAAAAGAAACAUUCAAGUAAACAAAUAGCAAAUGAACGAAAAACGAAAACAUCCAAUGAAACACAAGAAGAGGCUUUAAAUUAUCUAAGAAUAUGGCAUGAAGAUUAUGAAAACUGGAAAUUUAAAAAACUUUUACAAUCUUGGUUAAUCAAAAAUGCACUAGAUAGAAAAAUGGUGAGUUGACUUAUACUUAGUUUAUGUGUAGUAGUAGUAGUAGGCGAUAAUGGCAAACAAAAAUACCCCAUUUUCUUAUCUGGUAUAUCCGCGUUUCAGUUAUCUGUGAAAUACGUCUCAGACUGUGACUUUCAUUUAGUAGAUUUUAGGUCAAAGAUGUAGCUCCAAUUUUUCCACGUGAGACCUCCCAUGGCCAGCGUUGUAUUUUAAAUGUUGCUGCUCGUCAUUAAUUCAUAAAAUAUUGUAAAUGUAUGCGGCUUAUUAAUAUUGUGCGCUGAUUACCUUACUGUUAUUGUGUUCAUCUCUCUAUCAGUAUGGUAAUUGUGAUAAGUAGUAGGUUAUCUUCAAGUUCUUCAAUCUAAAUUUAGUGCUAAAUUAUAGUAUGCAUAAAAUCAGCGUAAAUACUGAGCAAAUCAAGUGUUAGUCAUUUCUAGGAACUUCAAAGUAAAAUUGUGUCUAAAUAAUAGAUUCUGGAAAAUAUGACACAUUAAUCAUGUUAAAUUCAUUUUUUGGCAUUAACCGAUUGUUAAAUCAUUUUAUUUGAGUUUUAUAAAUACUUUCAAUUUUGUUGAUAAAUUUUUUAUUCACUCUUGUUUCCUAUCAAAUAAUUGAACUUAAACAGGUUCCUAGUUCAGAGUUUCGAAUAUUUAAACAAUAUAUUAAAGGACUAGUUGGAUGUGCUCGACAGAAUUUAUUAAAUCAAUGCUCAAAGAUAAUCGAGGAACAAACUGAUGGAUUAGAGACAUGUACGGAAGUUGUAAGUAAAGGAGAUAUGUCACCGGACAAUAUUAUUGGUCAGCAGAAGUCAGAAUAUUCAACUGCUAGAAAACGUGCAAAGAAAAUAUGUGCAGUUUUAUCAAAGACUUCUGGUGUUCAGUAAAUUUUUCAUAAUAUUAAGAUUUUUAGUGUUAUUAAAUCCUUUGUAUGCAUCAAUCACUAUCAUAGACUUCGAAAUUAUUCAUAACAGG